UUCGGGAUCUCCCUCUAUUUCUCUCAAGAACUCACCAGCAGGCGGACGCAGCACUCCUCUCUCCAGACACACCAGACGGUUCGGCCAGGAGAGAUAGUUAUUCCAGGGUCUUAGCUGGACUUUAUCUUUCGACACUGGGGAAAAGUAGCCUGAAAAGACUUUUUAAAUUCACAUCUACCUCCAAAUAAUACUAGUUUUUCCAUACGACCUUAGCUGGGAACUUGAGUAGCCUAUACACCUGAGUAUAGCCAUGUCCGAAGUGCUGCCAUACAACGAGGGGAAGAUGAACGGCUACGGGGCGGACAGUGAAGUCUCGUUCAGCUGUCGACUGCAAGACACGAACUCGUUCUUCGGAACAUCACAGUCCAAAAGGCCACCGAAACUCGGGCAGAUUGGCAGGGCAAAACAUGUGGUCAUUGAAGAUGACCGAAUAGAUGACGUUCUCAAAGGAAUGACAGACAAGUCAACCCCUGGCGUGUAAACCUGAACAAUUACACCUCGUCAACCUUUUCUUUUAAUCACUGGUUUGAAGCACUUGUCGCCUGUGCAUGUGAACGAGAGGUGAAGAUGAUGGUUCAGUGUACAAGUACAGGAUGAUGGAUGAAGAGCCACUCUGGGCAGUGGGUUAAAAUAGUGAGAUUUGAAGAUGAUGGCAAUUCUCCAACUGAAACCCAACCCAAACUGCCGCUGUGAAGAAAGCUGCUCAAGAUUUCUGGUCAUUUAGCCCCCUUGUCUCGUAGAAGCCGUGGGUCUGGGUGUGAUAUUUCAUCCCUACAUCAGCAAACCGAAGCCCCUGUUUCAUAGGCAUCUAUCAUACUAUGAGCUGCUCGUUCAAGGGAGCUGUCCAGUUCAGCACCUGACGCACAACUUGACUGUCUUUCCAGAGAAAUAAGCUAUAUCUUGCAUGGAAAUGGGAUGAUGUAUGUAAUCGAGGGGAGAUUGAUUACAUUUAUUCACUGCUGUCAUAUCUACACACAUUCCAUUUUCAAUCCUUGACUGAUCAAAUUCCCAUUUUAUAGCGAAUAAAGCUGCCAGCAAGAGCUGAAGAAUGACAGCAAUGGAAGGAAAAUGAGAAGCAGGAGUACAACUUCUUGUUUGUUUUGUGGUGUCGUGUAUAGAUUAAUAUAUACGGUUCUCUUUGCAUGAACUUUUCUCUUGUGCCAUUGCGGGAGUUUCCACCUCUUUUAAACCCAGGCACGCUUGUUUUUACCGAAAUCAGUAUUUGUAUUUUUUAUAUCUGAAUAUUUGUUAUGAUAUCUAAUUCAUCUAAUCCUUAAUAGUCCAUCGACACAGACAGGGUAUGUGUAGAUACAGAGGCAUAACACAUAAUCAUAAAAGGACAGACUGAAUGUUAUUUUGGGGAUGGGGUUUCACACAUCUGCAUUAACAUGCUUUUCGUUGCAAUAAGUGAUUAUGCCUUUGUUGAUAAUGAAAUGACUAGGAAAUAUAAUUUCAGAGUAUGUUCAACAGCACUCUCACUGCAAUUGUACAUCAAUGUUUUUUUUGUUUUUUUUACAUUUCAGUUGAAUAUUUAUGUAUUUGUUUGUUUUUGUAUUCAUAAUGUUCAGUGUAUGGUUUAUUGUGCAUGAAAUAUGAAUAUCUUUCAAGGUUAUACAUUUAUGAAGCAAAAAACUGUACACAAAUGUCUCAACAUUCUACAAAUGACUUAAUAAAUACAUUUUGAGGAUUCA